AUGUGUUACCUCUUCGGUGAACAUGUCAUCACCCAUGACGGCGAGUUCUUCUGCCGUCUCUGUCAACGCCAGUUCCCCUCCUUCGACGCCAUCUACUCGCAUUGCCAAGCUGCCUCACACCACCCAUGGUGCCAGGCUUGCAAGUUGGUGUUCCUGGAUAAGACAGAGCUCCAGGAACACCGGGAUGAUCCGAGGUACCACCAUUUCUGCCCAGAUUGUGACAGCAAGAUCGACUUCUCCGAUGAGGAGCAGCUCGAUGCUCACAGGGCGGAAGCCCAUUUCUGGUGCGGAGGGUGCGACCUCAUCUGCGCAUCGAAGAGAAGCUUGAACACGCACCUCAUCUACGAACAUGCCGCAUGCGAGAUCUGCUUCGAAGUCUUCGAGGACAUGGAGCGCUGCCGCGCUCACAUGAGAACCCAUAUCUCGGAUGAGUACCGCUGCCCUGGAUGCGGUUACAAGAACGAGAUUUUUUCGGUCAUCAUCCAGCACCUGGAGUCGAGCAGUGAAUGCGGCGGUUUCCAACAAGUGAUGCGCCUCGUGAAAGAAACGCCUGGCUUCCGGGAUUUCUACAUCUCUUCCAGUUCCGAGUUCGACUUCUAUUGCAAGAGUUGCUUGCGCCGCUGGUCCACCCUCGGUGAGCUUGCCCUCCAUCUGGAGGCUGCCACUGAAUGUGAGUGGCUCCUGUACCCGGACGAGACCUUUUCAUCCUUGCGACAACUUCUCGGUCGACGACGCCGGCAAGAAUUGCCUCAACAGCUGUAG